AUGAAAGUGAAGAUAUUCUCGGUGUUUUUAUUAUUGAUAUUUAUCAGUAAUGUUUUAUCAAGGAACAUUCUUCCGGAAAGUGAAAACAUGCGCGAAAAGCGCGAAUUAUUUACGAUGUUCUGCGCGAACGACCCCGCGGAGAGGAAUAUCGACCAGGGUAUAAACUUUCACUUGUUUACAACAGACUGGAACUCUUCGGAGCUGAUCGUGAUGAAUGACACCCAAAACAAUUUAAAGGACACCAAAUUUAAUCCAAAAAACCCGACAAAAAUAAUCGUCCAUGGUUACAACGCGGACAUGAAUUUGUUCGCGUUGGUGGACAUGAGGCACAACUACCUGAACAAAAGCCAAAUUUUGGACAAUCAGGAUCAGGAAUUUUACUACAAUGUCAUAGCAGUUGACUGGGAGAGACUAGCAGCAGGUUGCUACCCUGUAGUAGUAGAACACGCAAAAAAAGUUGGAGACAGAUUAGCGGAACUGAUCCACGAAUUGGUCCUAGCUGGAGCCGAAGACAUCCACGCGAUUGGGUUCAGUUUAGGAGCACAUGUUCCAGCAUUUGCUGCAAAUUCAUUGAGAACUUGGAACUACAAGCUGCCCAGAAUAACUGGCCUGGACCCGGCGAUGCCGCUGUUCAUGACUGUGGGGCUGGACGGCAAGCUGGACGCUGGAGAUGCUAAAUUUGUGGAUGUCUAUCACACUGAUGCGAUGAUCCAGGGGAAGCUGGAGCCUUGCGGACAUGUUGAUUUUUACAUGAACGGCGGGAUGAACCAGCCGGGCUGCAAUCACGCCAAGAGUUAUCAUAAUUGCAACCAUCUGAGGGCGGCGGAGUACUUUGCGGAGAGUGUCACUUCCAAGGUUGGGUUCUGGGGGUGGAAGUGCUCGAGUUUCGCGAGUUAUUUCUUUGGAUACUGCACGCCUGUUUUUCCGUUGACGAAAGCGGGGGAGGAAGUCGAUCAGAGGGUAAGAGGGCUGUUUGUUGUGAGGACUAAUGCCGAGAGUCCGUAUGCUAAGUUUAAUAUUAUGUGA